AUGACUCAGUUUGAAAAUCCACGUGUGGGAACCUUUAUGUCUUGGGAUUAUGUUGUUUGUGCAUUGCUCCUUGUUAUUUCCUCAGCGAUCGGUGUCUUCUUUGCAAUCAAGGAACGAAAAAGUGCAACCUCCCGAGCUUUUCUGAUGGGUGGGAAACAGAUGAUUUGUGUCCCAGUGGCUCUCUCGCUCACUGCCAGCUUCAUGUCUGCAGUCACUGUGCUGGGAGUUCCUGCGGAAGUUUAUCGCUAUGGUGCUUCUUACAUCCUCUUCUGCUUUGCCUUCUUUCUUGUUGUUGUCCUCACAGCUGAACUCUUCCUGCCAGUCUUUUACAGAUCUGGAAUCACAAGCACAUAUGAGUACUUGGAGCUGAGAUUUAAUAGAGCGGUUCGCGUUGCUGCUACAAUUAUAUACAUUCUGCAAACUAUUCUCUAUACAGGGAUUGUGGUCUAUGCACCAGCUUUGGCACUGAAUCAAGUGACUGGUCUUAAUCUGUGGGGAUCAGUAUUUGCAACAGGAAUUAUUUGCACCUUCUAUUGCACCCUGGGUGGUUUGAAGGCUGUGGUGUGGACAGAUGCUUUCCAGGUGAUUGUGAUGGUAUUGGGAUUUUUAACAGUUCUCAUCCAGGGAACUAUCCAACUGGGAGGAAGUAGCAACAUGUGGAAGAUUGCAAGGAAUGGCCAAAGAGUCAAUGUAUUUGACUUCUCGGUCGAUCCUCUGAGGCGGCAUACCUUUUGGACACUGACUGUCGGAGGCACAUUCACUUGGCUGGGAGUCUAUGGAGUGAAUCAAUCAAUAGUCCAAAGGUGCAUUUCAUGCAAGUCGGAAAGACAUGCUAAAAUGGCAAUGUACCUGAACUUGCUUGGACUCUGGGUGAUCAAUGUCUGUGCAGUGUUCUCAGGGCUGGUGAUGUACGCCUUUUACGUAAACUGUGAUCCAUGGACUGCAGGAUUUAUUUCAGCACCAGACCAAUUAAUGCCAUAUUUUGUUAUGGAAAUACUGGGGCACCUUCCGGGACUGCCUGGACUCUUUGCGACCUGCGCAUUUAGUGGCACACUUAGUACAGUUGCUGCCAGUAUUAAUGCUCUUGCAACAGUAACAUAUGAAGACUUCAUUAAACAAUGUUUCCCCAAUGUGUCAGACAAGAUGAGCACUUGGAUCAGUAAAAGCUUGUGCGUAGUAUUUGGUGUUCUCUGUACAUCAAUGGCAGUUGCAGCAUCUUUGAUGGGAGGGAUUAUUCAGGCUGCAGCCAGUAUUCAUGGCAUGUGCGGUGGUCCCAUGCUUGGAUUGUUUUCACUGGGGAUUUUAUUUCCUUGUGCAAACUGGAUUGGUGCCUUCGGAGGGUUAGUCGUUGGACUGUUUUUAUCCUUCUGGCCUGCAAUCGGUGGAUUUAUUUACCCCGCAUCUGCAUCAAGAACGCGGCCCUUACAUUUAAGUACCAACAGUUGCUUGCCACUGAACAUCUCGGAAUUAUUAUCUACACAAUCGCUGACCCUAACUCCUCAAGAAAGAGACAGACCUAUUCUGGCGGACAGUUGGUAUUCUCUCUCAUAUCUCUACUACAGUCCUCUAGGAUGCUUGGGCACAUUGAUUGCAGGGCUUCUCAUAAGCUUCAUGUCAGGAUCCAAAGACACUGCUACUGUGAGACCAGCACUCAUCAGACCACUCUCCAAUCUGUUUUGCUUUUGGUCAGAUAAAUUUGGAAAGAGGUGUGGGUCUGGAAUUCAGUACAGACUGAAAAGCAAUGCAGAGGGCCAAGAAGAAAAUACGGCAUCAGAUAACAAAUAGAUAAUGGAAAUAUCAACAGGAGAAGAGCUUAAUGAUGCGUAUAAUUGGAAAUCAAGGAAACUUCCAUCUAUCUAUAUCCCUGAACAAUGUACUCAUUUUAAUUUUGGAUUUAUGAAAGAAACAUAUUUUUAAUUCCAGACUAAGAUUACAAUGAAGCUCAAGAGCUGUAAAUAGAAAAUCAUUCAGUUAUUACUGUAAACUGUGAAAAUAUUAUUUGGCUAAGCUAUCACUGAAAACUGUUAGCUUCACCAUGGUUAAUAAGCCAAGUGCAAAAACUACCAUCUAGCCAUUAACUUUAUGAAGUCUAUUAAUUCAACCUUGACCUCAGUAGGAAUGGAAUAGGGUUCCA